AUGGAUUCAGCCGAAAGAUCUGUAUGGGAACUUCGAUAUUGGACUCUAUGUGCAAUGGUUGUUACCGAAUUGUGCUAUCGCGGGCAAUUUUCGUUGGGCAUCUUCACUUUCGGUGGGUGCUUAUUUAUUAUCGGAGGACAUGAGGCGGUGCAGGUGGCGAUCGUGACGCGAUCGGAGCCCAGUGAGCCCAAGAUAAUGUCCAAAGAAGAUGCUGUCAAACUGGCAGAGUUCGCAUUGAAGGACUACAAUGAUAAACAUGUUUUUCUUUUAUCUUCAACUCCUUUUUUCCACUCUCCCCCAAUAUGGACCCCAUGA